AUGAAAAAUUUGUUACUUCCAGUUCUUUCACUUUUAUGUGUCGCUGAAGAAAUAUGCGCUGGGCACGAAGAACGAUAUGAUCUCAGAAAACUACCACCGGAUUUGAGGCCUAUUAUGGAGUUGAUCGGACUUUGGCAACUGGAGACAAAAUCCGGUCCGACACGUGAAUACAGUCCUCCUGAUCUAAUUGAUAUUGCCAUUAAUCCAAUUCCAAAAUUUGGCGCCCGUGCUGCCAACAUUACGCACACUUAUUUUGAUUCUCAGAAGAAUAUUAUACGAUCAGAUUAUGGUUUUAUGCCAGUAAAAAAUGCAACAAAACGAGAUCCUCGCAUACACAUCGCAUAUUUGACCACUAGUAGCGAAGGCUAUUCGAUGAUGGAACAAGGAACAGUGGUGGGCCGUAAAAUCACAUUUCAUCUGAAGCAAUUUCUGCGCCGAACAUUUUCAGUUGGAAGUAGUGGUAACGAGUUGGAUAUUCGAGAGUUCGAGCGACGAUUCGAGAUUCUGGAUUUUAAUCAUAUGACAAUGAAAGUCCGUGCCGAAACAGCUAGUGGGACAGAAAACUUUUUAGCUACAUAUCGCAAGCUUAUGCCUUGA